AACUCAUCUGUAGACGAAGGAAGAGAGAAACUGAUUAAACUUUACAGUAAAAAAAAACCCUAACUCUCUCUCUUCGGUCUGGAUCGCAACCUGAGAGUAGUAGUCUACUCGUUUCUUUCGCAAUGGCAACAGAGUCUCCUCUAAAAGAAAGAGAUUCACGAUCUCCUUCACCACGAAAACAACGGUCCCUUUCUAGGUCCAGAUCCAGAUCCAUGCCGAGGUCCAGGUCCAGGUCUAGAUCUUUGCCAAGGGCUAGGUCUAGGUCUAAGUCUAGAUCUUUGCCAAGGGCUAGGUCUAGGUCUAGGUCUAGAUCUUUGCCAAGGCAUAUAUCUCCAUCAAGAACCCGUGGAAGGUCUGAAGUUGAAAACCCUGGUACCACUCUCUAUGUGACUGGCCUAUCCACAAGAGUCACUGACAAGGAUCUUGAAUCACAUUUCUCCAAGGAAGGCAAGGUAUCUUCUUGCUUCCUAGUAAUAGAGCCGCGCACCCGCGAGUCUCGUGGUUUUGCCUUUGUUACAAUGGAUACCCUUAAGGACGCUGACCGGUGCAUCAAGUAUCUCAACCAAUCUGUACUUGAAGGCCGUUAUAUCACUGUCGAAAGGCAAAACAAAACAAAAAAAAGAUAUUGCGUCAAGCUAGUGUUGACAACAACAAUCAGAGAUGAUGAUACUUCAUCCUUACCCAACAUCAUUAAGUCAACACACAGCUUGAUCAUUCCAAAUGUUCACAUCCAACUAAUCAACUAUAUUGCUUCAACUCUCUCAACUAAUCAAAGGACAUUAUCAAGUAUCAACAACUAUUGUUUUAUGUACUUUGUCUUAUCUUCAGUCUCGAAGAAAGCGUCCCAGAACUCCCACCCCAGGCCACUAUCUUGGCUUGAAAAGCUCCAGAGACAGUGGUAA